AUGGAUGGGAACGCCAGCGCCGGGGGCACGGAGGGCCAGCACAGGAGCCCCCACCAGAAGGCGGAAAAUAAGCAUGAGGAGAAGGUCCAGGAUCCUGACAGAAGGGAGGACGAGACCAAGAGAGAGAUGGGGAGCAAAACCUGGGCAGACCUGGCUGGGGAGAUGAAGAUGUUCCUGUGGAACCCGGAGGAGAGAACAUGCCUGGGGAGAACGGCCAAGAGCUGGGGCUUGAUCCUACUGUUUUACUUCAUUUUCUACACAUGCCUGGCGGGAAUGUUUGCCUUUUGCAUGUACGUGAUGCUGCUCACGCUGAGCCCCUACACGCCCACGUACCGGGACCGUGUGUCUCCGCCAGGAGUCAUGAUCAGACCGUACUUGAAUGGGUUCACUAUUGCCUUCAACGUCUCUCAGCCCAGCACGUGGCAACCCUACGUGGACAGCAUGCACCACUUCCUAGCAGCUUAUGACGACAAAGUUCAAGAGGAGAAAAAUAUCGAGUGUGUCUCAGGACAGUACUUCAUCCAAGGAGGCAAUGAAAGUGAGGAGAAGAAGGCCUGCCAGUUCAAGCGCUCACUGCUGCAGAACUGCUCUGGCAUUCAGGACCCAACGUUUGGCUACUCUAAAGGCCAGCCCUGCAUCCUGCUGAAGAUGAACCGGAUCAUAGGCUACCGCCCUGGUGCUGGGGUCCCCGUGAGCGUGGACUGCAAAGUGCAGAAAGGCAAUGAGAGCGAUCUCGGAUCAGUGGACUUCUACCCUGGAAACGGGACGUUUGAUCUCAUGUAUUAUCCCUACUACGGCAAGAUCACUCACGUCAACUAUACGUCCCCACUGGUGGCUAUGCACUUUACAGAUGUGAAGAAGAAUUAUUUGGUCCCUAUUCAGUGCAGUCUGAAUGGGAAAGGUAUCAUCAACAACGUUAACAGCGACCGCUUCCUGGGCCGAAUCAUCUUCACGCUCAGCAUCGGGAAGUAG